AUGGCGUGUGCUCUUAAAAGGGUAACUAUUUCUUUCAAUGCCAUGCCUUUUGAAUUAAAAGAUUUUAAUGCAUCUGAAAUAGAAGAUCUUGACGAUGGAAUGAUAAUAUCAACUCUUGAGGAAAUAAACAUUCCAUCGCCAAGAUCUUCUAUUUCAGAUGCAUUAAAAUCUUUUAAUUCAAAAGGCAUGGCAUUGAAAGAAAUAGUUACCCUUUUAAGAGCACACGCCAUUGGAUUCACUCAUUGUAAUUUCAUUAGAAAUAGGCUUAGUAAUCAUUCUUCAAUGGAACCUAGUUUUAGAAACAAGUUGGUUGGCUUGUGUAAUAUGCAAGGUAACCCAAAGGUGUUUUUGGAUCAAAACACUUAUUUGGUGUUUGAUAAUCAACUUUAUAAUCAAAUAUUUUUGGAGAGAGGAGUAUUGGCUUUUGAUCAACAAUUCGCUUCGGAUUCGGUGACGAAAGAGGUUGUGAUGAGAUUUACUCGAAAUGAGGAGAGUUUUAUGGAGAGAUUUGUUGAUGCUAUGGUAAAGAUGAGAAAUAUUGGUGUUUUGCUUGGAAAUGAGGGAGAUAUUAGGAAGAAUUGUAGAGUUUUUAAUUCUUAG